UUUGCUUUUAGCGUCAAAAUCGAGAUCAAACCAACAAGCUGGGGGACGACCAAGGCCAAGCUGCCUAAGCCUACUGGGUAAAAAGCCGCGCCACUUAAUUAUAUAAAGGAGCAAAUCCGGUAAAAAAGAUUUUAUCUGUCAGAACAGAAACGAAGGCAGCCCUAACCACUGACAACGUAAUCGAGAGCGAAAUGCCUGGAUCUGGGGGCAGACUGCGUCCGACCGAAGCGACGGGCUGAAUGGGCCGCGGUUGUUGAAUGGCAAGCACAGAGUGGGGAUGCUGUUAUCUGCUUUAUCUCAUGGACCACUGAAUGUCGGCUUCGCAUCUCUCAGGGAGAGCUCUCACUCAUCGGGGAACUGGCGUGAAAUUCCACACGCACCAUGCAUCGCACGCUGGCGGCUCUGCUGCCCGUCGCCCUGCUGCUUUCCAUCAGAGGCUGCUCCUCCGGCGCCCUUUCGACCACCCUCGUCCCCGAGCCCGGAGUAACGCACCAGUCGGUGCCACAAAUUUUAAUAUCCAUCGAAGAGAGAUUGAAAGCAUUGGAUGAGGCCUUCAGGGGGCGGACGCAGCUGAAGAAGCAGCCUGUGGACAAGGAGGUGGACCUUGAAGGUCUGGCGCGGAGACUGGAGGCGGUCGAAACGCGCCUGUCGAGGAUCGAGGCCUCACUGGACACAAGACUGAAUACUUUGUCGGAAAACUUAGGGAGACGACAAGGCAAAGACGAAAUGAAUGCAGAAACGACAAACCAAAAGCUGCAGACCAUUUCUGACACGAUCUUCAGCAAGAUGGGCUACUUGGAGGCCAAGCUGGACGAGAAGUUCAACUUGUUAGCCAGCAAAAUUGAGAAAUAUCCAACUGAAGUGCAGGGUACGAUUGCAUCAAAUGAAAAACAUCUAAACAAGGAUAUGGCGACAGUUGAGAAAAAAGCCAAUGAAAUCCUGGAGAAAAUCAAAAGUUUUGAGAGCAGACUUUUCAGCUAUGUUGCAGAAGGCCACAGGACAAUUAAGGAGUUGAUAAAAAGUGAAAUGAAAAUGCUAGAUGCAAACGAGAGACAGAUCGGCUACGACCUAUGGGGAAAAUCUUUGUCGAUUGAAAAGCAAGUUCAGCAGUUGUCUGUGGUCACCAACCUCACUCACAAUAGCAUCCUGGAAUUGAACAGAAGGACUGGACAUCAUGGCUCCAGCCAUCGACACCCCCAUUACGCGCCACAAAUUUCAGAAAGUCCAUCGUUCGGCAGUGAUACUAGAGUUCUUCAAAAACUUAAUCAGAUAGGAAGGGAGAUCGAUUUCAGACUGAGCAGCCUGCACGACGUGCAAAACCAAUUCAAAACAAGUUGUCGCCGAAUCCAGGAUCGAGAGGAGCAAACCGAGAAGUCUAUUGAAAACUAUUUAAUCCUGAUCUAUGAAAAGUUUUACAAUGAGACAAAUGAAACGAAGAGAAUGGUAAAUGCCUACAAUGAAAACAACUCGCAGAACUCAGACAUCUUAUACAAACUCUUGGAAAAGCAGCAAACCAUGCAAAGUUCUUUGAAGAAAAAUGAAGAUGUGAUCAUUGGGGAUGCGAAGAACAUGUUCAAAGCCCUGAAUGUAUUAAAAGACGAAAUGUUGAAAUAUUUCAGGGAAUUCAACACUGAAAGCGUAGCUUCCAAAGUAGCUGAAGAUCUAAAGCCAAUAUUGCUGAAGUUUGUCGACGAGUCGGUCUUGGAAACUAGGUCACCUUCAAAGGAUUCGGCCAUUUUCCAAGAAUUGGAAAAUAUCAUCUCGCAAAACAAGAACAUUUCAGCGCUCACCACCUCUCUAAGUGAGAAGAGCACGGCUAACGGACUCUCUAAUUCCACCGAAUCCCAGAAAGACCACGACUUUGAUUAUGUAUAUUAAUGGAUUAACUACAUUAAAAUCAGAAGUCGAAUGAGGUACAUUAUAUAAUAUAACAAA